GGGUCUUACAUGGCAGACGUCACAGUUUGUGCAAGGGAGUAUAGGCUGUGUUGUCAGCCUAGUGUCAGUCUGAUGAAGAUUGGCAUUCAGACUUUGUGUGGAGGACCGGACACUAAGGCGUGGAAGAGCAGACGACAACAACAUUGACUGCUGCUGUGUUGCUGAGGGCAAACUAACUGUCUCCAUGUGAAUCUGUCCCAUGAUGCAACAUGUGUCCCCAGCACUAACAAUGAUGGCCACUCAGAGCGUUCCUCCACCAUCGUACCAGGAGAGCCAACAGAUGACGGGCACCACCCAACAGAACUCCAAGGCCCAACAGGUCCACAUCUCAGCAUCCUCGGAGGCUGGGAAUACCCCCAUUAGUGUCACCCUUGACCCCCAGGCCCAGCUGGAGUCAGAUAAGCGGGCCGUUUACAGACAUCCCCUAUUCCCACUGCUGGCCCUGCUGUUUGAGAAGUGUGAGCAGGCCACCCAGGGCUCUGAGUGCAUCACCUCUGCCAGCUUCGAUGUGGACAUUGAGAAUUUUGUGCACCAGCAGGAGCAGGACCACAAGCCAUUCUUCAGCGAGGACCCCGACCUGGACAACCUGAUGGUGAAGGCCAUCCAGGUGCUGAGGAUCCAUCUUCUGGAGCUGGAGAAGGUUAACGAGCUCUGCAAGGACUUCUGCAACCGCUACAUCACCUGCCUCAAGACCAAGAUGCACAGCGACAACCUGCUUCGCAAUGACCUGGGCGGGCCCUACUCGCCCUCGCACACCUCGCUCAGCCUGCAGCAGGACCUCCUCCAGACAUCCUCUCCGUCCAUGACAUCAGUCUCCAGCUCCGUCAACUCCUCGGGCAUCAUGGUGCACACCGGGACCCUGCAACAGGGUAACAUUGCCAUGACUACCAUCAACUCCCAGGUGGUGUCAGGUGGCACCUUGUAUCAGCCGGUUGCCAUGGUGACAUCGCAAGGGCAGGUGUUAACCCAGGGACUCCCCCAGGGGCCCAUCCAGAUCCAGAAUUCCCAGGUAAACCUGGACUUGGCUUCACUCUUGGACAGUGAUGACAAGAAGCACAAGAACAAGAGAGGGGUCCUGCCCAAGCACGCUACCAACAUCAUGCGCUCCUGGCUCUUCCAGCAUCUCAUGCAUCCCUACCCAACAGAGGACGAGAAAAGACAGAUUGCAGGACAAACAAAUCUGACCUUAUUACAGGUCAACAACUGGUUUAUCAACGCUCGCAGGCGCAUCCUCCAGCCCAUGCUGGAUGCCAGUAACCCAGACCCAGCUCCCAAGGCUAAGAAGAUGAAGUCCCAACACCGUCCAACCCAGCGCUUCUGGCCAGACUCCAUUGUUGCUGGUGUCUUGCAGACACAUGGACCUCACUCUAACAACGCUGACAACCCCCUAGGCUUGGACAGCCUCCAGCCCCUGUCCUCUGACUCAGCCACCCUGGCCAUGCAGCAAGCAAUGCUGGGUGGAACCGACGACUCCAUGGAUGGCACAGAGGAAGAGGAGGAGGAGGAGGAGGAGGAAGAGGAAGUUAUGGAGGAGGACGAGGAAGAUGAGGAGGAGGAAGAGAGCGAGGGAGGGAGACGUAUAUCCGGCGGCGGAGGAAGGAGAGAUCUGGGCAUGGAGCAUAGAGAGGGGCUAGAAAAAGUUCACCCAAGCCACACUACCUGUUGCAUGCUGACACUAACCCAGAAACUCCUGGUUGCCAGUUGGGACGGGACCCCGCCCCAGGCUAAAAUCCUUCAUGCUCUACUAGGGCUCAGUGCUAUAAAGUCUCAGUGGACUCCGCUUGCCAGUUUGGAUUUAAUCUGGUCCAUGCAACAACGAAAAACUUUCUCUACUAGUGUAAAACUCAGUUCUCCCAGGUCUCAGUGGGCUCAGUUGGGAGUAAAUCCAACAUUUCCCUGUAGAUCACUAGGUGUCAAGAUGUCCAUCGCUAAUGCAGCCGCGCAGGCCAUGCUGUCGGACGCCUUGCUCCGGGACGGCGCCGGGGGCAACCAUAUCGGUCACCUGGAGCUGGAGCUGCCGCUCGACAGGGUCAUCAAGUUUGUGUCCGUGGGGCUGCCCUUGCUGCUGGUGUCCAUGGCCUUCGCUCGCGAAAUCUCCAUCGGCCCACAGAUCAGCUGUUUCCCACCUAACAACUUCACAGCCAGGCAGGCAGCCUAUGUGGACACGUACUGCUGGGACUCCCUUAUGCACCAUGAGUUUGACACAGAUGGAAACUUCGAGGAGCGAUCCCUCUGGGUGCACAAGAUUUUCCCGUACUCUCUGUUGGCUAUGACCAUGAUGAUGUACCUGCCUGCCCUCAUCUGGCGUUUCCUCGUGAUGCCAUCGCUGGGCUCUGACCUGCUCUUCAUCAUCGAUGAGCUGGACAAGUCCUACAACCGCUCCAUACGAUUGGCUCAGAGCAUCCUGGAGAUGCGCCAGAACACCCAGAACCCCCUCACCUUCCAAGCCGAGCUUGAGAGGGCCAAGAGGAAGCGCUACUUCGAGUACCCCCUGCUGGAGAGGUACAUGCAGAGCAAGCAAAGCUCCUACUUCCUGGUCAGCAUGCUCUUUCUUCGCGGCUUCCUCUUGCUCACCUUCAUGUCGGCCGCCUGCCUCUACCUCGUCUAUUUCCACAUGUCCGCCUUCCUCCAGGACGAGUUCAGCUGCUUCGUCCGCACGGGCCUGCUGCGUGACCAAAACUGGGUUCCCGAGCUGGUCCAGUGCAAGAUGACCGGCCAACUGGUCUUCCAGGUGAUUAGCGUGGCUAACGGCGCUAUCUAUGUCCUGCUGGUGCCUAUCGUGCUGUUCAGCUUGGUCCGCCUCUUCUGCUGGGAUACGACUCUAUUGUCGGUGUAUGAGGUUCUCCCCGCAUUGGGCCUCAACAGGGGUCGCAAGCUGGGCUGCCCGCUCAACGACCUCAACGUUCUUUUACUGUUUCUGCGCGCUAACGUGGUGCACCUGCAGUCUUAUGGCAGGCUGAGGGCUAUAUGCUCGCUGGCGCCCCCGCAGAUCGGGAAGGGGAAUGGCAUGAAGGAUGUGAGGAUGCUGACGGCGGAGGAGAUCGAGGAGAGGGCCGAGAUGGCGCAGGAGUUGGAGGAGGACGUGGAGGAGCUGCAGGAGGAAGGGAAGCUCAACCUGGUGGACAUCAUGACCAUCUUAGGAGCAGCCCGGGGAAACGCUGUCAACUGCACCGAGUCCAGGCCACUGGUGGAGGAGAAUAUGAGUCUGGAGCCAAACCACCAGGGGUACCAUGAGUUGAAGGAGACUGCAUCAUGUAAAAAUGACUGAAUCACCAAUGGACUGGACCAUCAAUGUGACACCAAUCAAUGUGGAUGAAAGAAAAAUAUACUGAACAAAAAUAUAAACGCAACAUGCAACAAUUUCAAUGAUUUUACUGAGUUACAGUUCAUAUAAGGAAAUCAGUUAAUUUAAAUACAUUUUUAGGCCCUAAUCUAUGUAUUUCAAAUGCCUGGGCAGGUGUGCAGCCAUGGGUAAGCCAGGCCCAGCUAAUCAGAAUUCGUUUCCCCCCCAAAAAAGGGCUUUAUUACUGACAGAAAAACUCCUCAGUUUCAUCAGCUGUCUGGGUGGCUGGUCUCAGACAAUUCCCGCAGGUGAAUAAGCCGGAUGUGGAGGUCCUGGGCUGGAGUGGUUACACGUGAUCUGCAGUUGUAAGGCCGGUUGGAAUUACUGCCAAAUUCUCUAAAACAAUGUUGGAGGCGGCUUAUGGUAGAGAAAAUAGCAUUUAAUUCUCUGGCAACAGCUCUGGUGGGCAUUCCUGCAGUCAGCAUGCCAAUUACAUGCUCCUUCAAAACUUGAGACAUCUGUGACGUGUUGUGUAAUGAAAUUGCAUUUUGGAGUGGCUUUCUUCGUGUAAUAAUCAUGCUGUUUAAUCAGCUUCAUGAUAUGCCACACCUGUCAGGUGGAUGGAUUAUCUAGGCAAAGUAGAAAUGCUCACUAACAGGGAUGUGCAUAUCAUUUGAGAGAAAUAAGCUUGUUUGUGACUCUGAAACAUUUCUGGGAUAUUUUAUUUUAGCUCAUAAAACAUGGGAACUACACUUUACAUGUUGCAUUUAUAUUUUUGUUCAGUAUGUCGCAAUGUCAUUUUGUAUGACUGAGCUUUUGGGUCGUUGGGACUCAACUUAAUUUCAACCUCAGAUUUCCUAUUUGUCCUUUAUGGAUAUGCUAUGUACUGUACUUGUUAGAUUUUGUGAUUUGUCAAAAGGUAAAGUUCUAUCUGUUAAACGUCUACAGGUAACAUUUGAUAUGCUUUAUGUCAGAUA